GCGAUGUCAGAUGGUUUUCCUCUCGGAACAGUACCAAUAUUUACCCAAUAUUUACUUAUGAUGAACUGUUACUCAAUCAAAAUAUGCUUCUUUUUUUUUACCGUACUAUGAUUGAGUUCUAGAAAUACAUGUACAUACAAAAUUAUGUGUUUCGAUAGAUCUGGUAAUAGUUCAUGAAGGUAAAGAAAUGUCGCUGAACUUGUUUCAGAAAAUCACUGUUUUUGUGACGCAGCACUGUUCAACAGUCUGUUGGCGAGUUCAGUCCAACGGAGUAGUCAUGUACCACUCACUCAACCAAAAUUGACUUAUCAUAUUAUUUUCUUAAACUAUAGAUGUAAAUUUGAAAUCUUAAAAUAACACCCUGACUGACUGAUUAGUUUAGCCCCCAUGAAUGUAGAAUCUUAGCUGGUACGUGAACAGCCUGAAAUAAAUACCGGUACUAACAAGGGCUGAAAGUGAAUUAUGUUAUUUUUGGGCCAUACGCAUGUAUGCCUUUUAGUUUAUGAAACGUGUUUAAUAUUAACCUGCAUAAUUGGUGACUAUUGUUUGGAACACUACUUCAUUGUAGAUGAAAGGUCGUCACAAAUAAAUCAAAGAAAAAUGAUGUGGACAAGAGCGUUAUUUGACAACAUGACUCAUGGAAUUGUAGGCUUUUUUUCUUGGGCCAUUGUGAUCAAUUUUAAUCUUAAGGUUAACCAAAUAGUGUCACUUCUUCUGUGUUUUUUUCUGGCCUUGGGAGUUGAUCUGGAUCACUUUAUUGAAGCUAAAUCAACUGAUAUAAAGGAUGCUAUAAAUUUACCAAGAAGACCACCUUUUCAUAAAUCAACUAUAAUUCCUCUGGUUUCUGGUACCGCUACCCUUUUUGGAUGUUUGUUUGAUUCCAACAUUUUAAAAAUAUUUUCUCUGUUGUUUACAACCGCAUGGUUGUCACACCAUAUCAGAGAUGCAACACGAAGAGGUCUGUGGUUUCCUCCUAUAGGUAGCACACCGCUCAUUCCAUAUAAAUUAUAUUUGUGUCUAAUUAUGCUCAUACCUCUGGGAAUAAGAACUAUUUAUUCUUUAACCAUAGACUGUAAAAAUCAUUUCAAUAAUAAUGGUAUUGUGUGACAUACUUUUAGAAGCAACUAGAAAAUUAGGAAUCAUUGCCCCACAGUGAUAUUUAUUAUUAUAUGUUAUGCAAGAGCUAAAUCUGCCUAUUGCAGGUCUUUUUUAGGCCAGAAAUAUUAUCUAAAUUAUUAAUUAGACAUUAAUCAACUUAUCCAGACCAUAAUCAACUCUUGAUGCCAUCGCUAGCCCGCAAUAUUUAGCAGAAUGGAAUACAUUUUGUGAAGGAUGAUUAAAUGUUAAAAUGGAUAAUCAAGACUUUGUUUUUUUAUCGUACCGACUUUAGUAAUGAUAUCUCGGUUCAGAGUGGAGCAAUUUGAAAUUUUCAGCAUUUUAUUCUAUUUAGGCUAUCUGUUUUCUAACUAUUAUAGCGAAAACUUUCAACUCUUUAUCUAAUCUGACAUAAUGCCUUAAAAAAAUGUUAAAUUUUCUUCUUAUUUAUUGAGUUGUAUUAUUUAAAAUAUA